GGGCCACGCUUCUGUAAUCAUAAAACCCAAAUACCAGAGAGUGGCUUUCAGAAACUAGUUUUUGUUAAUGGCUGACGUGGCGACGGCGACGGCGACUAAAGAGAGGAAGAUCCUGGUGGCUGUCGAUGAUAGCGAGGAGAGCAUGCAUGCUCUCUCUUGGUGCCUAGAGAAUGUUAUUUCUAAUAAUUCCAGAGAUACUCUCAUCCUCAUUUACGCUAAGCCUCCUCGACCCGUCUACACUACUCUCGACGGCACUGGAUAUUUGUUUUCUUCUGAUAUUAUGGCCACUAUGGAGAAGUACAGCAGCGAUGUGGCUGAUUGUAUCUUAGAGAAGGCCAAGAAGCUGUGCAGAGAACAGCUAGCUCAUAAUUAUGUUAAGGUGGAGACGAGAGUGGAAUGUGGUGAUGCAAGGGAUGUGAUUUGUGAGAUGGUAGAGAAGCUGAGUGCUGACAUGCUAGUGAUGGGAAGCCAUGGUUACGGUCUGAUCAAGAGGGCAUUUCUUGGGAGCGUGAGCAACCAUUGCGCCCGGAACGUCAAGUGUCCUGUGUUGAUUAUAAAGAAACCAAAAUCAAGCGGUGGCAGAUAAAUAACAAUUCCCUCUAUCUCUCUCUUUAUAUAUAUAUAUAUAUAUGUAUAACUGAAGGGGGAGGCUUGGUUUGUUUGUAUAUAAUUUUCUGUCUAAUUUUCGUUUUGUAAAUUGAAAUGGGAGUUCCAACCUUUGAUCCAAGCACUUGAAAUUUAAGGCUAA